AUGUCGGACGCUCUGCACGCAGCUUUACCGGACGCAGGCUGGGACGAGCGCCUCGCUGUCCCCGAGCUCAACGCCGAGAACAGGGCUCUGAUGGAGGAGAUUCGUAAAAAAGAGACAGAGCUGGUGCAACUGGAAAACAAACUGGAGGGAAACAAGGAUCAAAAGCAGAUGUUAACUGAUUUCCUCAAAAGUUCUAAACAGGAGCUGGAAAACACUGAAGCUCUGUGUAAGGCAAAGCAGAGGGAGGAGGACCUGGAGAAACACCUGACAGCCCUGACAGAGAGAGAGACGGGUCGCCUGGCUCAGGAGGCUGCCAAGAUGGACAAUGAGCUUGGAUCUUUAGCAGAGAGGAAGGACAUGUUAGAGAACCACAUUUUCAAAGCCAGACAGAAGCUGGAGGAGUUUAGGAACCAGCUGAACUGGGACCAGCAGACGAUGGACGCUUUUCUGGAGGAGUCAGCGAGCAAAGACGAGGACACGAUGGCUGUCAUCAAGUACGCUCAGCAGGAUGAGCAGAGGAUCAAGUCACUGACUCUGGCCAUCGAGAAGAAGACCCUGGAGGCCCACGAGAAGCGCAGAGCACUGGACAAAGAGCUGACAGAGACUAUGUCUGCACAGGUCGCUUUGGAUAAGAUGACAGAGAACCUGAAGCAGGCUCACCUGGAGACGCAGCAGCUCAUCCACCAGUGGGAAAACACCAUCAAGCAGAUGAAGCAGCGAGAUGUUCAGAUGCAGCAGUGUGCGCUGCAACUUGCCCAGGCCAAGCAGAGCCUCAGGGAAAGGAAGGGCACCGUCACAGAGAAGAAGCACUUGCUGGAUACUGAGAAGGACAACAACAAAGAAACUCAGAGGGCACUGACGGCAGCCAACAGACUGGCAGUGAAGCUGCGGCAGGAUCUGACGGAGCAGGAAAAUAACUGCAGGCGGCUGCAGGAUGAGCUGAGCAGCUGCAAAGGCACACUGAACGGAACAACGUCCAACGUGGAGUUUCUGAUGGCCCACAUAUCCAGAAUGAAGAAGGAGAGCCAGGAUAACAACCACAAAUUGACGGAGGCCAGGGCCUACAACGCCGCCCUGGAGGAGAAGCUGAGAGUUGUAACUCAGACUGCACUCAGUGAGGAGGAGAGAGCUGCACAGAUGGACCAGUUCCUCAAAGAUGAAGAGCAGGCCAUCGAGGAGCUGGAUGUGCUGCUGCGCGACUGCAUGGCGGGGCUCUUUCAUCAUAAAGAGCAUUUGCAGGCCGUCAAGUCGAAGGAGAAGGAUUUCCUCGUGCAGAUUUCAAACAAUAAAUCCAUUGUUGCCAGCCUGGGCAGCCAGCACAGGAAACUGGAGAAGGAACUGUUGAGACAGCAGAAGACUAUGAUGAAACAGGACACCCAGAUGUCCAUUCUGACUGACAAACUGGCGCGGCUGCAAAGCGACGUUCAGUCAGAUGAAAAACAAAUGCUGGACAAGAAGAUCGCUGAGCUCACCAAAGACCUGGAGGAGAAACAGAAGGCAGCCAAACUGAUGACCAACGCGCUCAAGGAGUCUGAGGAUGAUAUCCGCUAUCUGAAGAAAGAUAUGGAGAAGUCAGAAGCUCAAAAGAGAGAUCUGACCGACAAGGUGAAUGAGCUCAUGCUGGUCCAGAGCACCAACGAGAAGGAGCUGAAGAGGCUCAGACUGAAGAAACUUGACAACAGGAUGGAGCACAAAGUUCUGAAGACGGACGUCACACGCGUGAGAGACCUGCUGUACAACAAGGCCGACAGCGUGCUGUCUCUGGAGAAGAGGAAGCUGCUGCUGCACACAGCCAUGAGAGAGCAAGAGGCUGAAAUCAAGAUCUACAAAGAGAUGCUGGGCCAGCAGCUCAAGGUCAGCGAGGAGGAGAGGCGGACGCUCAGUGUUGAACUCAACGAGAAGCUGCACAAGAUCGACAUGAAGAAGAAACGUUUCGAGGUCGUGACCCUGUCGCUGGCGGCUCCUGAAGGCGAAGAGGAGCAUUCACAGGCCUAUUACAUCACAAAGGCGGCGCAAGAGAAGGAGGAGCUCAAGCAGAAGGGAGAUGCUCUGGAUGCUCAAAUUCGCAAGAUGGAACUGGAAAACAGAGCUCUGGGCAACACCGUCCAGCUGUUCAACGACAGCAACUCUGCAUUUCGCGAGUCCCUCAACAGAGCAAAGAAAUCCAGUCCAGAAUAUCAGGAGCACCUGAAGCUGGAGGAUAAGCUGAGGGUGGCCGAAGAGACGCUAAAGAAUCGGAAAAGACAAAUGCAGGAGCUCCAAAAUGACUUACAGGACAUGAACAAUACCUCGGAGAGUCUGCUGCCAGAGGAGCAGGUUGAGAAAGACAAGAUCGCAGAGAAGCAGUCACUCAUCAGUAAGCUGAGCAAAGAACUCGCUUCCCAACAAGAGAAAAUCGAUCGAGCCAUAAAACAGAACUCCAAGCUGACCAGACAGAUCCGCUCAGCACAGAACACCAGGAGUGAGACCUUCGAGGAGAAAGACAUGAAGCUGAGGGAGCUCAAAGACCUCAACAAGAGCAUCGACAGGAUGCUAAACGAGGUCACAGAGGGCGACCCUGACCUCAGAUCAGCGCUGGAGAAAUACUUCCUGCAGGCCAGUCUGUGUCUUCCGGCUCCGUCCUCCACCCCGAGCAGUCGCCGGACCUCCAAGGCGAACGCUGCCCGCAGCUCUGCCUCUCUCAGGUCUCCAGCCUCCUCGGCCGCCAGCAGCCCCAGAGCCUCCUCGCUUCACUCCCCGGCGCUGAAGACGGUGGACCUGGGCCUGGCUCUGGCCGCCACCUCCCCUCCACUCACCACCUCCAGAUGUUCCAGCUCUGCCAGCAGCACAAGCAGCAGCAGCAGCAGGAAGUCCAAGAAGCUCUGAUGUGCUGCUGCUUCAUCAUUCUUUAUUCAGUGAAACAUUUCUGCAGAAUAACUAACCUGCAUUACAUGAAUGUUCUGAGCCGUAAGAGGAAGUUCAGGAUGGUUUGUGUGUAAUCCUUGAAUUUACUGUUUGCACUCUGCUCACCUCAUUUUACAGUCGUUAUAUUUAUUUAUGUAGCUCUAAUGAACCUGAAGUGACCUAAUUAGAAAGAGUGUGCUUUAUCAAAUCAUUUUUAAUUAGAUUUUUCUGAAGGAAACACGGUUGUUUUCAUUCUUGUUCUUGAUUUUAUGUUUUCUUUUUACUUAAAAAUAUAAUUGACCCAAAGAAAACUCAAUAAAAAGCAGCAAAAAAAAAAUAAAAAUCUUACAGCUUUUGCUUCUAUGCAGAAUUUGGUUUUGGAAGCUGAUCAGAAACAAAUUUCUUUCUUAUCUGCGUCAUUUCCAACCUCGUUAAGUAUUUUUCUGUAGGUUCACGUUGUUUUCCAGGUCUCGCCUUAUUAGCUGCUGUUAAAGUUCAUGAGUUAAUCAUAAAUAAAAACUCAACUUUGAAAAAAAUCCAUGCAUGACUACUUAAUAAAACACUUCCUCAUAUUUCAUGGAGGGUUGUGUUUGCUCCACUCUUGUCCUGACUCACACCAUCCGUCACAGCCUUUGUUAUUGUGCCUUCACGCCACACCCUCGCUGUUCGGGUAUAAUUUCCCUGUACGGGACGAAAGUCGCCAGAAGCAGAAAAGCCACUCAGUGAUCACUCCGUGUUUUUGGAUUAAAGCUUCAACAUGCUGCUGCUGGUCCUGUUGGCCGCAUGUCUGGCCUCAUGUGCUGCACAGACAACGCCCUUUCCCUCCUCUCCAACAGGUACAUCGACCGCAACCCCGGCUCGCCUCACAGAGAUAAAUCCUGAAGCUAUGGCCCUGAUACCAACCGAUGUUUUGGCAGUCUUAGAGACGACUGUUCUCUCCAGUCGGGAGCUGGAUAACGUGACACUUGCUCAAGUUUUAAACCAGAUCAGUCAAACCAUCCUGCAGAUUCGGCCAGACGCCAUCUUCUCUCUGGCUGUACAGAACGUCACCAGAGUCUGAGAGCUCACAAGUUUCUAAGACGGACUAAAAAUCUGAUCAAGUUUUAUCUCUAAAGAUGUACACAGUCGUGACUC